UAGCUACGGCGUCAAUUCUCCACUUCACUCCGAUCAAGUAGAUAUUACACCUUGUAUCGCGAGUAAUUGUCCCAGCUCGACUAUUAAAGAGAAAAAUAUACUCAAAGCAACAGCUCAUAGAUCUCCAACAGACAAUUGAGCCAUCAUCAUGUCGUCCCCAACGAUCACUCUGUACUACAAGCCCGGCUCGUGCUCCCUUGUAGCCCACGGCCUGCUCCUCCACCUCGGCAUCCCCUUCAAGACCGUCCAGCUGAGACCCAACGCCAAUAAGCGCUUCGAAGCCGCAGACGGCAGCUUCACCCACGAAGACUACUGCAAAAUCAACCCCUCGGGCUACGUCCCGGCCCUCGUCCUCGACAGCGGCGAAGUCAUCACAGAGCUCCCGGCCGUCCUGACCUACAUCGCCUGCAUCGCCCCGCCCGAGCAAACCGACAAGUUGCUGGGUUCCAGCGCCCUCGACCGCGCAAAGGUGAAUGAGUGGACCAACUGGCUGAGCGGGACGUUCCUGGGCGCGAGUGUCGCCGCUUGUGCGAGGCCGUACCGGUUCGCUGACGGAGACGAGGCUCGCAAGGCGGUCGUGGACAAGGGCUGGGAGCAUAUCGUGGAAUGCUACGAGAGGAUGGAGUCCAGGCUGGAGGGCCGAGAGUGGGCUGUGGGUGACGGCCUGACGGUGGUCGAUUUGUACAUGUAUUACUUCCGGCGGUCGGCGGUGUACAUGACCAAUUUGGGUGAGUAUCCCAAUUUUGAGCGCUUGCAGAAGAAGGUGGAGAAGCUGGAGGGGAUUCAGAAAGUGUUGGAAGUGGAAAAGCUCAAGCCGGUCUACGAGUGAAGUUAUGAGUCUUGAUGAUACCAGUCGAUAAUAACAUGAACUCUAUUGCAUCAGUUGAUUGCUUAAGAAAAGUUGUUCCCCCUUGCACAUUGGCUCAAACA